AAAUGACGUAUGAAUGAUAAAGUGAUUUUUGAUACCAUCUAAAUCCUUUAACAAGACUGAUAAAAUUAAUCAACUGAUUCGUAAUGAUAAGCUAGGGAAAGACGAGAAAAUCACACAACCAGCUUGUUCACACGCACAAUAGAAGAUCAACAGUGCACUAUUCAACCAAAUGGACCUAUAAUGCUAACAAGCUUGUGCAUGGACGACACAAAAUUAAACAAAUAUAAUGCAGCCCCAAUUAGUUACAACUCCACGAAAACUACCAGUGUUUGUAUUUCCUCAAAGUAUCACUUUUUUUUUAGACGAUCAGUCUACUCACAAACAAGUCUUAACUUUGUAUAACCCAUAUGAUUUUCCAAUAAGAUUUAAAGUAUUAUGUACUGCACCAAAUAAAUAUAAAGUUGUUGAGCCUGAAGGAACAAUAAAAGCAAGAUAUUGUAUUGAUAUUGUUGUCAGACAUACAGCUCUUGUGUUUAGUAAUUGUAAUGUUGUUGAUAAAUUUAGAAUACAAAUGCAAGAACAUCCAACUAAACAGGCCAUAGGACAAAGAGAUGUUGAAGCUAAAUUACUUCCUGGUACAACAGAAGCAGCUGGAAGAUCUACACCAGAUCCUGAAAUGUUUCAACAGCUUCCCAUAAAUGAAACCAGACAGCAACAAUCAUAUGCUCUUAUAGCUCAAAAUAAAGCCAUUGAUAAAUACACACUGAAACCACCAAGAUCAAAACAUGAUUUAUUUCGUGGAAAUAUUCAAAAUAAGAACACAGAAAUUUACUUAUCUUCAGAUAUGAAUUAUGUUAUGGAUAAAGGGGGGACAAAUUAUGUAGCACUGAUUGCUGGAAUCAUUUGCAUAGUUGGAUUGCUCUUACCUACAGAAGGAGAGCAGAAUAAUAGAGUGCCUGAUUAUCUUCAUCUCUCCAUAAACUUUAAAUUAAUAUUUUCAUUUGUAUUGGGUAUGGUUACAAUUAUUAUUUUAAGGUUGUAAUUUCUGUCUUUAUAUAUACAAAAAAAAAGCUUUAUAUAAUAACUAGAAUCAUGAAAUAGAAGCACAAUUAGUGUUA